AUGUUGAGAUCUUGCGUGCAAAGAGAGUUCCGGCUGGCGCAGUUGUUGAAGCAGUACGGCGUCGGCGUCCCCCGUGGGGUGCCGGCGUUUGACGGUGCCGACGCCGCCAAAGCGGUGAAAACCUUGCAACAGGAAACGGGGAAACCGGACGUCAUGGUCAAGGCCCAGGUGUUGUCGGGUGGCCGGGGCAAAGGCCACUUUUUGAACCACCCGGAGUUGAACGGGGUGCGCCUGGUGCUGAGUGCCGAGGAGGCGCUGAAGUUGGCCGACGCCAUGAUCGGCUCCAAGCUCGUCACCAAGCAGACCGGCGCCGGCGGCAAGACGGUGCUGGCGGUGUACGUGGUGGAAAAGGAAGGCACGUUGACCGAGGCCUACCUCGCCAUCAUGUUUGACCGGGCGCUGCAGAAGCCGUUGAUCAUCGCCCUGGCCCAGGGGGGGAUGGACAUCGAGGGCGUCGCCGCAGAAAACCCCGACGCCAUCAAGACGUUCACCAUCCACUCGUUUGACGGCGUCCCCGACGACCAGGCCAAGGAAAUCGCCCUGGUGUUGGGGUACUCCCCCGAAGCCCAGGCGCAAGCGGCGGCGGCGGUGCAAAACUUGUACAAAUUGUUCAUUGAGCGUGACUCGACCCAGGUGGAAAUCAACCCGUUGACGGAGACUCCUGACCACCAGGUGAUGGCGAUGGACGCCAAGCUCAACUUUGACGACAACGCCGCCUUCCGCCAGGAAGAGGUGUUCUCGUGGCGCGACCCCACCCAGGAAGACCCCGACGAGGUCGAGGCGGCGCUGUACGGGCUCAACUUCAUCAAGUUGGACGGCAACAUCGCCAACAUCGUCAACGGCGCCGGGCUUGCCAUGGCCACCAUGGACAUCAUCAAGUUGUACGGGGGCAAGCCCGCCAACUUCUUGGACUGCGGCGGCACCGCCACCCCGGAAACCAUCGAGAAGGCGUUUGAACUCAUAUUGAGAGAACCGUCGGUCAACGCCAUCUUGGUCAACAUCUUUGGCGGCAUUGUCCGCUGCGACUACGUCGCCGAAGGGUUGAUCGGGGCGUCGAAAAAGCUCAACCUCGACAUCCCCGUCGUGGUGAGAUUGCAAGGCACCAACAUGCAAAAGGCCAAGCAGAUGAUCCAGGAGUCGGGGCUCAAGUUGUACCCGUUCGAGGACUUGGACCCCGCCGCGGAAAAGGUCGUGGCCCUCGCCCCGCCUUCGUGA